GCAAUCUCCGUCUCUCUCUGAAUCUGUGGUAGCGAAGCGGUAGCGCAACAAUGGCAGCAGCACCAUCGACAGGUUUAUUCGUGAUAUUCUCUCUUUUGGUUGCAAGUAUCAAAGCGGAGAAUCUGCAGACUGGUCAGACUUUGAAAAGCUUAGAACACAGAAGGCUAUUCGUGUUUGGUGAUUCCUUUGCCGACACCGGAAAUAAACAGAAUCCUGAUGAACCAUACUAUUCUUUGAGAAAACCCUACGGUGAGACAUAUCCUUUGUACCCCACCGGUCGAUGGUCCGACGGUAAAGUCAUGACCGACUUUGUAGCUACAUACAUGGAUCUGAUUUCUCCAGUUCCAUACACCAAGAGAAAUGACUCUAUUAUGCUUCAACGGUAUGGCAUGAACUUUGCCUAUGGAGGAACCGGCGUCUUCGACACGUUCACAGGCCUCCCGGAGAUAGCAAAUCGACGAGUUCGAACGGCUGAUCAACAGUGGGCUCUAUGCCGACCAUCUGGAUUCCUCCGUUGCUCUCGUUUCUUAUGCAGGCAACGACUAUAGAGUUUAUCGAGGAACCAAUGGCUCCCUCGCGGUAGCUACUAACAAUAUAUUUCCUCAUUUCUUUUGUUUUGAUUAUAUUUUUCUUUUCUUUUUUACAUUAAAAAGAGUAAGUUAAACAGGCCCCAACUUGAAGCAUUAGGAGAAGCGGAGUCUUUAAUCUGUAACAAGAUUAAUUAGAUCCAACUACCUUAUUAGGGGCAUAAACAGUUCACAUUCAAAUUGCAUAUGAGACCAAGUUCAA